UAGGGCAAUGCCAUUCUUUCUGAUGGAAGCAUGUUGUAUAUAUAUACCAUUCAUCUACUGAGGGACAUCUGGAUUGGUUCCAUAUCUUAGCUCUGGUAAAUAAUGAUACAGUGAACAGAGUUGCAGCAUAGUUUCUAAUCUGGGAAAGGUAGUCCUAUUUAAAAUAAAGCAGAACAAAAAUUUUAUCAAUUGUUUUGCUGAUAGUUAAUUUAACAGGCAUGGAAUUAAUAAAAUCAGGAAUGCUGAUGGAAGUAAUUUUGUAUGGAACUUAAUCUAUGUACUCUGGGCUGAUAGUUAAUCUUUCUAUGAAAUUUGAAAUGAUCUCAGCAUUGGAGACUGGCAUUGGUUUAAAUGAUCUGAGGAUCUUCAGUUUAGACAUGAGCAAGUACAGACCACCGUGACUGAAGGCAGUCAAAUAUGUGAAGCAGGGUGACGUCUGAUUAUUUCUGGGUGUCUUGGCUCAUUUUGUGCGAUUUAAAAAGCAUGUGCUUCUGGGAAAUUAGUGAAACCUUUUUGGUUCAGCACUUUCUUUUUUAUUUGGCAAAGGUGUCGUAUUACAUUGUCUUUUUAAUUUUCUUUUUCUGUUUGGUUCUAUUGCUCACUGAAGAAAAUAAAUAGUGAAGUCCUAUGAAAUGAAAGAGAUUCUGAAUUCACUUUGCUUUGUGAGCUCACAUUUUAUCUCGGGACUUAACGGCUGAUGAGUUGCUGAUUGGGACUGCAGUCUUUACCAUUGGUUUGGUGGAGGAGAUAGACGUGUGUUUCUUCAAAAUUGCUUCAGUGAUGCUCACCUUGGGGCCUCAGCAAAUACUUCCAGUUAGAUUCUUUUAAACUAGGUCACAUACUGUUGACACAUAUGCACAGGGAGAGAAACGUGAAUACUUGGUGAAAUCUUAGUCCUAAAAAUAAUUUUCACCUGUAUUUUUAGCAGUGUUAUCAUACUUGAGGAAAGUGAUAUAGAACCUACCAAUACAGGAAGAAAAAAAAAAGGUCAUCUUAUUAACUGUUGCUGGAGAAGUACCUUCUACACGAAAGCCCUAAGUACACCUGUCCAAAAUUGCAGUAAUGUUGCUAAAAAGUUUUUGCCAGUUGUGUAGACAAGAUGGUUAAUAACAGUAAAUAUUGAGAUAGCCAAGUCCACUACAAGUAUUCUGUGGCUAAUAAUGAACAGAGUGACAAUGAAAUCUGUCCAUUAUUAGGGAAGGAUUGGUAAUUAAGGCUAUUAAAUAGGUCAUUGCAAGCAAGGGAAGAUUUGAAGUCCCACACAGAAUCUGGGCUCUGUAAUCUCCAUUAUCAUUUGUGUCGACAUAUUUGCUUAAAGGAGUCAGGGAAGGGAACAUUUUUAGAUAUUCAAAUAGAAAAAUGAGCCCAAAUUCAGCCUUUUGUGAUCUAAAGUUCUGUGAAGGACUUGCUUUGUAGGGUAGCUGUGCAUAUGUUUGAGUGGGAGGAAAAAUAUAGCAGAUGACUUGAAAACUAUUAAAAUUGUUACUCAUGUAAAAAGUUAUUUUCCUCAUUAAAAAAAAAACAAAAACCCAAACCUAACAACCCAGAAUUUGAGUCUCAGUGAAUAUCUUACCCAUCUUCUUACUUGCUCAGUUAAAAUAUUUUUACAUAGCAUUUUGUUGAUGGCCUCAUUCAUUUGUUCAUUCACUUGUUAGUUGAGCAGCAGUACUAGUACUGCUUAAACUAUGCAAGAUUUUGUAUGUAAUAAGUAUAUGUAAUAUAUAUGAUUAUUAUCUUUUAAAUGUUCCAUCAAUUCAUAAAAAUAUAACUGCAGAUACAGUGGGCAAAAUGUGUCAGCUUCUUGAGUGAAAAUUAGAAUUAAAUUUUAAUUAAAAGCAUAUUUUCAGAAGAACCAUAGAUGCUGUAUGUGUUACUUUCCUGACAUUUCUUUGGAAACUAAACAAAACUGGAUUUCUCUAGUCCGAUUAAGUAGUAUUCAUGUUUGGGGAGGAAGCACAUAUAUUAACAACAAUUUUAAAAAAUGGAACUAUUACAUGAAGGAGAAUGAGAGUAAGAUAAACAAUCGUGGCAUUUUAUAAGAGAGUUGGAGGUACCGUCUCAUGCUUGUAAAGCUGUGCUCACAUUUACUAAACAGCUUGUUAUUGUGGGAGCUUAUUUAAACCGACGAUUUGUGGUUAUGUCUGUUGAAGAGCUUAAACUUCCACUCUCUCCAACCACUUAGCUGCUUUAGCACGUUGACUUCAGGUCUCUUGUAAGAAAGUCUAAAUGUAGGCUGUUGAAUAAUCCCUCUGAGGGCCCUGUAACUAUUUUUAAGCCUGGAUAUGCGUCAUCAGUGGGUAUUUUCUCUGGUGACUGGCUUACAUCAGGUCUCCUACCAUACAUUCUAUCAGUGAGUGACUUAUGAUUGAUGGGAAGGAGCCCACUGGCUGUUGUUUAGCUUUAUCUGACCUCAGCGAAUGGACAACAGGAAUUUCCAGGCUGUUAAAUUCUCUGAAUGCUUCAAGACAGGGACUCACCGCGUUGAUUAAAGCAGGUGGAGUCUUUGACUUUUUUAAAAAGACGUUAGUAAUCAGAUCUACUUGAAAAAUUCACAGAAUUGAUUUGGUUGGAGUAUUCUUUUCCCAGUUCUUUAACAUUUGGCCAUUAGAUUUCCAGAAGUUGUGCAUGAGUUCCUGUGGAGAAAGUUACCAUCUUGGAAAGCAACGACGGUUGUGAUGCAGUUUAUUGAUAUGAAGACAACAGGAAGCAUCAGGACAAUCAUGCCCAUGAGAACUCCAAACUGUUCAGGUCGUCCUUUUACCUUAGUGAAACUGGCAGUUGAGCUUUGCUGUAGUUGAUGGGCAAAAUUUCUCUUAGACUAUUUGUCAUCCCAAUUGCAUCUUAGUUGAAUAUAAUCAAAUGCCAUAAGAAAUCUUGGUAGAUGUGCACUUAGCUUUCAGAUGGACAUUUCUAUGAUGGAGAGAACUGUGUUAUAGCCUGGUCCAAGGACAUUCCCAUCUAAUGCCCAUUGACUACAGUGUGUGGUUGAGGAAGAUUCUAAAGAGAAGCAGCGAUCAGCAAGUUUGCAGACUCCCUGGAACAUGGAAGCCACUAAGCUUUAAAAAGCACAGCCUUGGAGACACUCCAUCAGUCUGCUCGGCUUUCAGACAAAUUAGCACUUAAGACCUUUGCAUACGAAAAUGGACACUGGGGAUACAGCUCUAGGACAAAAAGCUACCUCAAGGUCUGGAGAAACUGAUAAAGCACCAGGUAGAUGGAGACAGGAACAAUCUGCUGUUAUUAAGAUGAGCACUUUCGGCAGUCAAGAAGGACAGAGGCAACCACAGCUCGAUCCUGAGCAAAUUGGAAACACAGCAUCACCACAACUAUUUGGUUCAGGAAAGCUGGCCUCACCUGGAGACGUGCUGCAGCAAGUCACCGAGAAGCAAUACCCACCGCACCGUCCGAGUCCUUACUCAUGCCAACACUCACUCUCGUUCCCUCAGCCCUCAUUGCCACAGGGGAUCAUGCACAGUAACAAGCCACACCAGAGCCUCGAAAGCCCUCCGUGGCUUUUCCCUGGCCCUUUGCCAUCAGUUGCCUCCGAGGACUUAUAUCCUUUUCCUCUCCACGGCCACAGUGGUGGUUAUCCCCGAAAAAAGAUUUCCAGUCUGAACCCUGCUUACAGCCAAUACUCCCAGAAAAGUAUUGAACAAGCAGAAGAUGCUCACAAGAAAGAGCACAAACCCAAAAAGCCUGGCAAAUACAUUUGCCCUUACUGCAGCAGGGCGUGUGCCAAACCAAGUGUUCUGAAAAAACACAUCAGGUCCCAUACUGGUGAGCGGCCAUACCCAUGUAUACCCUGUGGUUUCUCCUUCAAGACAAAAAGCAAUCUGUACAAGCACAGGAAGUCGCAUGCCCAUGCGAUUAAGGCGGGAUUGGUACCUUUCACAGAGUCAGCUGUAUCUAAGUUGGACUUGGAGGCGGGUUUUAUUGAUGUAGAAGCAGAAAUCCAUUCAGAUGGUGAACAGAGUACAGACACAGAUGAGGAAAGCUCUUUAUUUGCUGAGACUUCAGAUAAAAUGAGCCCUGGCCCACCCAUCCCGUUGGAUAUUGCCAGCCGUGGUGGCUACCAUGGGUCUUUGGAAGAAUCGUUGGGAGGUCCAAUGAAGGUACCGAUUUUGAUUAUCCCCAAAAGUGGGAUCCCACUCCCUAAUGAAAGCUCUCAGUAUAUUAGCUCUGACAUGCUACCAAAUCCGUCUUUAAAUACGAAGGCCGAUGACUCUCACACCGUGAAGCAGAAACUUGCACUAAGACUGUCAGAGAAAAGAGGGCAAGAUUCUGAGCCAUCUCUCAACCUUCUGAGCCCGCACAGCAAGGGAAGCACUGAUUCUGGUUACUUUUCUCGCUCAGAAAGUGCAGAGCAGCAAAUAAGCCCUCCCAACACAAAUGCAAAGUCUUAUGAAGAAAUCAUCUUCGGGAAAUACUGUCGGCUUAGUCCAAGAAAUACACUCAGUGUUACACCCACAGGUCAGGAACGCGUCACCAUGGGGAGGAAAGGCAUCAUGGAACCAUUACCUCAUGUAAACACCAGGUUAGAUGUCAAGAUGUUCGAAGACUCCAUUUCACAGCUCAUCUCUGGCAAGGGAGAAGUGGACCCCAGUCAAACAAGCCUGCUGAAGUCCACGAAGUUCAACAGUGAGUCCAGGCAACCCCAGACGAUUCCAUCAUCUGUCAGGAAUGAAGGAAAACUUUAUCCCACAAAUUUCCCAGGCAGCAACCCAAUGCUCUUAGAAGCUCCUGUAGAUUCUUCCCCGCUGAUUAGAAGCAACUCAAUGCCAACUUCUUCAGCAACUAAUUUAAGUGUCCCGCCUUCACUGAGAGGAAGUCACUCAUUUGAUGAAAGAAUGACUGGGUCUGAUGAUGUGUUCUAUCCAGGCACAGUGGGUAUACCCCCACAGCGCAUGCUCAGAAGACAAGCAGCAUUUGAAUUGCCAUCAGUACAGGAGGGGCACAUGGAGGUCGAGCACCCUGGCAGGAUGUCCAAGAGUCUCAGUGGCUCAUCCUUGAAGGAAAAGAAAUUGGUUGGCUAUGACUAUGAUGUCUGCCGGAAGCCCUACAAGAAGUGGGAUGACUCGGACACACCGAAGCAAAGCUACAGGGAGAUUUCCUGCUUAAGUUCUUUAAAACACGGAGGAGAAUAUUUUAUGGAUCCCUCUGUGCCAUUGCAGGGGGUGCCGACCAUGUUUGGGACUCCAUGUGAGAACAGGAAGAGGCGGAAAGAGAAGAGUGUGGGAGAUGAGGAGGACACGCCUAUGAUUUGCAGCAGUGUCGUGAGCACCCCCGUGGGCCUGAUGGCUGCCGAUUACGACCCCAAACUUCAGAUGCCAGAGGGAGGAAGGAGUGGCUUUGUCAUGGCUGGACACGAGAACCCCUCGCAUGGACAUUUUGAGCGCUUUGACCACGGCCGACCUCCACUGCAAUCUGGAAGCCCAUCUCUCGGGUCAGAAGAGUCAUCGGCCACCGAUUCUGACAAGAUGUCAGACCUGGGCAGGAAACCUCCUGGAAAUGUGAUUUCUGUGAUUCAGCACACAAACUCGCUGAGCCGACCCAAUUCCUUUGAAAGGUCGGAGUCAGCCGAACUGGUGGCCGGGACACAAGAUAAAGCCCCUUCCCCUUCCGAGAUGGGUGACAGUGAAAUUUCAGAAGCCCCAGUGAGCCCCGAGUGGGCUCACUCCGGGGACAGCACAGAAAGUGGGGGGAAGCCCUCCCCGUCCCCGCAAGUACAACAGCAACAGCAAUCCUAUCAUGUACAGCCCCGGUUGGUUCGCCAGCACAACAUUCAGGUCCCUGAGAUCCGUGUCACAGAGGAGCCUGAUAAACCAGAAAAGGAAAAGGAAGUGCAGAGUAAAGAGCCAGAAAAGCCUGUGGAGGAAUUCCAGUGGCCCCAGAGAAGUGAGACCCUUUCCCAGCUCCCUGCUGAGAAGUUGCCACCCAAAAAGAAGCGCUUGCGAUUGGCAGAUAUGGAACACUCCUCCGGGGAGUCGAGCUUCGAGUCCACAGGCACCGGCCUCUCCCGCAGCCCCAGUCAAGAAAGCAAUUUGUCCCACAGCUCCAGCUUUUCAAUGUCUUUUGAGAGAGAGGAAACCGUUAAGCUUGCCGCACCUCCUAAGCCGGAUGAGUUUGGAAAGCAUUCAGAGUUUCUGACUGUCCCUGCUGGGUCCUACUCGUUGUCGGUUCCGGGCCAUCACCACCAAAAAGAAAUGCGACGAUGUUCCUCGGAGCAGAUGCCUUGUCCUCACCCAACAGAAGUCCCGGAAAUUCGGAGCAAAUCAUUUGACUAUGGGAAUCUUUCCCAUGCCCCUGUGGCUGGAGCAUCCACCUCCACGUUGUCCCCCUCCAGGGAGAGGAAGAAAUGCUUUCUGGUGCGGCAGGCUUCCUUCAGUGGCUCUCCAGAAAUUGCACAAGGUGAAGCUGGCAUGGACCCUGGUGUCAAGCAAGAACAGAUGGAACAGCUGCACGCAGGUCUCAGGGCCACAUGGCUCCACGGCCCGUCCUCCAUGCUCCCACCUCUUCCUGCGGAUGACCCGGGCAAGCAGGUGGUGGGUCCUUGUGCUCAGCUCAGCUCAGCGCCACUCCACCUGGCCCAGCCACAGAUCAUGCACAUGGACAGCCAGGACACUUCGAGAAACCCCUUGAUACAGCCAACCUCCUACAUGACAAGUAAGCACUUAGCGGAACCGCCACAUUUAUUUGCACAUCAAGAGACGAUUCCAUUUUCUCCAAUCCAGAGCACUCUGUUUCAGUUCCAGUAUCCUACUGUCUGUAUGGUUCAUUUACCAACACAGCAGCCCCCCUGGUGGCAGGCUCAUUUCCCUCCUUCCUUUACCCAACAUCCUCAGAAGAGCUACAGCAAGCCUUCUUUCCAGGCAGAAAUACAUUCUGGCUAUCCCUUAGAGCACAUUGCGGAACACACCGGAAAGAAAUCUGCAGAUUAUGGGCACACAAAAGAGCAACCCUACCCGGGUUAUUCAGGAACAUCAGGGCUACAUUCAAAGAACCUUCCUCCAAAGUUUCCGUCAGAACCCAGCAGUAAAUCCACUGAGGCUCCCGAGCAACUUCUUCAAGAAGAUUUUGUCUCGGCCAAUGCUGGGCCUUUGCAGUCCCUUCCAGGAACGGUGGUGCCUGUUCGCAUCCAGACACACGUUCCCUCCUACGGAAGUGUCAUGUACACAAGCAUUUCCCAGAUACUGGGGCAGAACAGCCCUGCAAUUGUCAUAUGCAAAGUUGAUGAGAAUAUGACCCAAAGGACACUGGUAACUAAUGCGGCCAUGCAAGGGAUAGGAUUUAACAUCGCCCAGGUGCUGGGGCAGCAUGCAGGCUUGGAAAAAUACCCCCUUUGGAAAGUACCUCAGACCCUACCCCUAGGCUUAGAUUCCUCCAUCCCCUUAUGUUUACCUUCCACCUCGGACAGUGCUGCCUCUCUUGGCGGUAGCAAGCGGAUGCUGUCUCCAGCCAGUAGCUUGGAGCUCUUCAUGGAAACAAAGCAGCAAAAACGGGUCAAAGAAGAGAAGAUGUACGGACAGAUAGUUGAGGAGCUCAGUGCGGUGGAGCUCACUAACUCAGACAUCAAGAAGGGCCUCUCCCGCCCCCAGAAACCCCAGCUUGUUCGACAAGGGUGUGCCUCUGAGCCAAAGGAUGGCUUGCAGUCAAGGUCAUCUUCCUUCUCCUCCCUGUCACCUUCCUCAUCUCAAGACCAUCCAUCUGCCAGUGGGCCAUCCAGGGAGCCAUUCCCUCCCAGCAGGGAGAUGCUUUCUGGUUCCAGAGCGCCCCCUUCUGGGCAGAAGUCCAGUGGGCAUUCAGAAAGCAAAGAGUCCUCAGAUGAAUUAGAUAUUGACGAGACAGCAUCAGACAUGAGCCUGAGUCCUCAGAGUUCUUCACUGCCAAUAGGAGACAGUCAGCAAGAAGAAGAAGGGAAGGGCCAGAAAAUGCCCGUUGGCAUGUUGGUCCACGUGGCUUCUGGCCCUGGCGGGAAUGUGGCAAACUCCACACUUCUCUUCACAGAUGUGGCAGAUUUCCAGCAGAUUCUCCAGUUCCCCAGUCUGCGGACAACAACUACUGUGAGUUGGUGCUUCUUGAAUUAUACAAAACCCAAUUUUGUCCAACAGGCCACCUUCAAAUCUUCGGUUUAUGCUUCAUGGUGCAUUAGUUCUUGUAACCCCAACCCAUCAGGAUUGAACACCAAGACUACACUGGCUCUUCUGCGGUCCAAGCAGAAAAUCACAGCAGAAAUCUACACCUUGGCUGCUAUGCACCGGCCAGGAACUGGCAAGCUUACAUCAUCCAGUGCUUGGAAACAGUUUGCGCAGAUGAAACCCGAUGCAUCCUUUAUAUUUGGCAGCAAACUGGAAAGGAAAUUAGUGGGGAAUAUCUUAAAGGAAAGAGGGAAAGGAGAUCUUCAUGGAGAUAAAGAUAUUGGAUCUAAACAAACUGAGCCAAUCCGAAUUAAAAUUUUUGAAGGAGGGUAUAAAUCCAAUGAAGAUUAUGUAUAUGUGAGAGGACGCGGACGAGGAAAGUAUAUUUGUGAAGAAUGUGGGAUUCGCUGUAAGAAACCAAGCAUGCUGAAAAAACACAUACGCACUCAUACAGAUGUCCGGCCUUAUGUAUGCAAGUUAUGUAACUUCGCCUUCAAAACGAAAGGAAACCUAACAAAACAUAUGAAAUCUAAAGCACACAUGAAGAAAUGCCUGGAGUUGGGAGUGUCGAUGACAUCGGUGGACGAUACGGAAACUGAGGAAGCAGAAACUAUGGAAGAUUUGCACAAAGCAUCUGAGAAGCAUAGUAUGUCCAGCAUUUCAGCUGACCAUCAGUUCUCAGAUGCUGAGGAGUCAGAUGGUGAAGACGGAGAUGAUAAUGAUGACGAUGAUGAAGAUGAUGAUGACUUCGAUGACCAGGGAGACUUGACACCAAAAACAAGAUCGAGAAGCACCAGUCCUCAGCCUCCUAGAUUCUCCUCCUUGCCUGUAAACGUUGGCACUGUGCCCCAUGGCGUUCCUUCUGACACUUCCCUGGGGCAUUCUUCCUUGAUCAGCUAUUUGGUGACUUUGCCAAGUAUUCAGGUUACUCAGCUCAUGACGCCCAGCGACUCGUGUGAAGAUACUCAGAUGACAGAAUACCAGAGGUUGUUCCAGAGCAAAAGUACAGAUUCAGAACCAGACAAAGACAGGUUGGACAUCCCCAGCGUCAUGGAUGAGGAAGGCAUGCUAUCUUCAGAGCCCAGCUCUUCCCCGAGGGACUUCUCCCCCUCAAGCCGCCAUUCCUCACCUGGAUAUGAUUCUUCUCCCUGCCGAGAUAAUUCGCCAAAGAGGUAUCUGAUACCCAAAGGAGAUUUGUCACCUCGAAGACAUCUAUCACCUCGACGAGAGCUGUCGCCCAUGAGACAUCUAUCCCCGAGAAAGGAAGCUGCCUUGAGGAGAGAGAUGUCCCAAAGAGAUGCUUCCCCAAGAAGGCAUUUGUCUCCCAGGAGGCCAAUGUCUCCCGGGAAAGACAUCACCGCGAGAAGAGACCUCUCUCCCAGAAGAGAGAGAAGAUACAUGACCACCAUACGAGCACCGUCUCCCAGAAGGGCUUUAUACCACAACCCGCCAUUAUCCAUGGGGCAGUAUUUGCAAGCAGAACCAAUUGUAUUGGGGCCUCCUAUCUUAAGGAGAGGAUUACCUCAGGUUCCUUACUUCAGUCUCUAUGGAGACCAAGAAGGUGCUUAUGAACAUCCAGGCUCCAGCCUUUUCCCUGAGGGUCCUACUGACUAUGUCUUCAGUCAUCUUCCACUUCACUCUCAACAACAAGUGCGAGCUCCUAUCCCCAUGGUGCCAGUUGGUGGGAUCCAAAUGGUCCACUCCAUGCCACCGGCCCUUUCUGGUUUACAUCCUCCACCCACAUUGCCUCUGCCAGUGGAGGGCUCCGAGGAGAAGAAAGGAGCAGGGCAAGGGGAGCCCUUCCUUAAGGACCCCUAUGUUCUCUCUAGGCUGCGGGAGAAGCGAGCCCCUUACGUUCUGUCGGCAUCGGGUCUGCCCACCACCCCCUCCUCUCCUCGACUAUUGAUGAAACAGAGCACUUCAGAAGACAGCCUCAAUUCAACCGAGAGGGAACAGGAAGAAAAUAUCCAAACUUGUACAAAAGCCAUUGCCUCUCUCCGGAUUGCCACAGAAGAGGCAGCCCUACUUGGGGCCGACCAGCCAGCUCGGGUGCCGGAGACCCCCCAGAACCCCUUGGAAAGUGCACACGUUAGCAUUAGACACUUUAGUGGGCCUGAGCCAGGUCAGCCCGGUACCUCAGCCUCCCACCCUGACUUGCAUGAUGCUGAAAAGGACAACUUUGGUACAUCCCAGACUGCGGUAGCUCCCUCCACGUUUUACAAUCAGAGUUGUGUGGAUGAGGAGCCCUCGGACUUCCAUAGGAGCAAGGAAUUCCCUUUAAGCACAGACGAAAGCAAGGAGCCUUCAGCAGAGAAGAGUCAGCCACAUUGAUCGAAGAUGCAUGGAGACUUCCAUUUUCCACAUGGCUCCCCUCUUUUUGUUUUUGGUUUUCUAGGAAUAGAGAUUAAUCAAGUUUAUAGCAUGCCUGUCCUAAGUUACGGUAGUUUGCUCUUAUAUAUACUUUUGUUAUUUCAGAAGAAUUAGGUAAACUAACAAGUCAUCAUGAGCCUGACCAAAACAAAAUUUGAAAUUAACCUAUUGGGUCUGGUACUUUUAAAAUUGUACAGAUGUUUGUGCCUUUUCUUUACUUUGCUUAUAUUCUUAUAAGCAUUUUUUAGCAGUAAUUUGUACAUAUUUUAGAAUUUGUGUAUCUGCUUUGUAAUAAAUGUAAUUUCUUUCCUUUUUUGGACACUUGGAUCGAAAUGAUGUAAAGCAAAACAGCAUCAAUAUAUAUGUGAGGUUGCACUAAAACAUAUUUUUAUAUGAUAAAAACUGAACAGCUUUUAUGUACAGCUCUGAUUCUGUAAUACUAAUAUUUAUUUACUUUGUUUCAUAAAUUAUACAUUUUUUUCUUAAUGUUGUGGAUUGCUUUUCUAUGUGAAGCAUGGGAUUUACUGUUGCGUAACUAGAACAAAAAUGUACAUUGUAAACAAGAUAUUUAAACUAGAGUAUCUUAUUCUGCACUUAUGCAUUAGUUACAAAACAAGAUAAAGGAUGUAUCAGUCAGUUCUUGUAAAUUUUUUUGUCUCUUGUUUGCUGGAUUGACUAUAACUUAAGUGCUGAUUGUGAUUUUAAACUGAUAGUACCGUAAAGCAUUAAAGUAAACAAUGUGCUAUUGUGAGUUUUUUCAAAGCUUUAUAAAAAUCAGUUAUAAAUAAUAUUAAAAGUAUUUGGUCUUACGUGAACAUGUUGAUCUAUAUACUCAUCUAAAAUAUGGGAAAACAUUCCGCCCCAUGUAAAUAUGUACAAGUGCAUCACUGGUACAAUUUUAUGUAACUAAAUUGGACACUAGGUUGCCACAGACCUAUGCUAGGGUGUCUUUAGAAAUUAAAGUGACAGAGCACAUGGGACUGUGGUAGGUAGAGCUUGGUUAUCGGCCGGCCCGGUGGCUUGGCAGGCAGUGCCGUGCGCUGCCCAUGAAGACCUGAGUUUAGAAGUCUCCUUGGUUCUUGCAGCAUAGGGUGGCAACUGUAACUAAGGAUGCAUGGAGGGGUUGGGCUUGGACUCUGAGGGCUGAGUGUGGAAGCAGGAAGGGGGCAGAGACCCCCUCCCCAGGCUUCCCACCAGCCUGUCGGCAAGGUAACAGGGUGAACACCAGCGUUAGGAGAAGUCCCCUUACCCUUUUGAAUGGGGUAAAGUGUCAGGCUCCUGGCUGUCUCAGGGGGAAUGGAGAAGAGAAGUUUUCAUGGAAAAGGAACUUUGGGAAAGAUGAUGCCUUUUGUAUUUAACAUUUCAGAAUGGCUUUGGAUGUGUGUCAAAGAUGGGAAGAUUCUUUGUAGGUCGGGAAAUGCAGAGGGAGUGAUACAGCAACAUGUGUGCACGCAUGCACGCAUGUGUGCACGCACAUACAAUCGGGGUUAUCUUUGUGCUAUAUAGUGGAUUAUAAUUCUGUGAAACCAAGUUUGUAUACUGAAUUACAUUAAGGAGUGUUCUUUAAAAAGAGAAAUAAAUAUACAGUUACAUGCUU